AUGGUUGGACGUGCAAAUGAGGGAGAGGGGAGUUCUAUUCGAUCAACCACAAGGACGCCUAGUCGCAGUCGCAACAAAGCCUCACGAGUUCCAGAUCGCUGUGGGUGUGGAAAACGCCCUGUGCUCCGAUGGUCUGGAACAGAUGCCCACCCAGACAAACCCUUCUUCGGAUGUCCGAAUUACAAUUGCAGUGGAAAACGGUGGUGUGGAUUUUUUCGAUGGGCAGAUGUUGUAGAAGAUGAAAAUGGCAAUUUUGAAGAAGCUGCAGCAUAUAACAAUGAAGAAAUUAGCUUGAGUGUUGCAGUGAGGAUUGGCAAUUUGGAGGCUGAAUUAAGGAGCCAGAAAUAUGUAAUACAAAUGUUAGGGUUGUUAAAUUUGUUCCUGUUAGUUGUUGUAGUGGUUGUGAUUGUUAAAAUGUAACACUUGUGUAUUGUUUAGGAAUGAAUGAGCAAUCUUUGCAUUAUU